ACUCGGUUCUUCAUGCUCCCAGAUGGCUCCUUUACGUACUGGUCACCAACUGGUGCCGACGUCGCCUUCAAGCUGAGCUAAAGAUCCACUCCUUCGGGUUCUUCUGGAUCCAGAACCUGAGCCUGAAGUUCCAGGAAGAGCAGCAGACGGUGGAGAUCGACAGCAUCUGGGUCUCCAGCAAACUCUUGAGCCAUGAUGUGCCGCGCUACCUGGCCCUGUGUUUUGGGGAGGUCCGUGUCCGCGUGGACCUCCAAAAAGCCCCCGGGUUGCAGUCGCCGCUGCCACCGAGCCCCGAGGGUCCGGCCGAGGAGAACAGAGAGCAAGGGGGGGGCCAUCUCCAUCAGGCCCUCCAUCCUCCGCCUGCUUACCCAGCUUUGUUCCUUCCAUGUGGACUCGGUCAACGUCAUGGUCUUGCAUGUGGCAGCCUCUGAAUCCUUGUGGCAUGUCCAGGUCUCCAGGGCCCGCAUCCUCCUGGACUGGGACGGCAGAAGCACGGCUUGUGAAGUGGCCUUCAGCCAAGUCAACAGCAAAAUCCUCAAGAGCAGCCGGCAGGAAGACGCCUGCCUUGCAGAGUUGUCUCUGGCACUGACCGUCUCUCUGGAGAUCCAUCCAAGCCGGCGGCAGCUGCAUAGUGUGGGCCUGCGGGUCCGGGGUCUUCACGCCGAACUCCACGAGGGGCUUUUCCACGGGGAGCUCCUGAAGCGUGUCGGAAGCGGGGCUGGAGACACCGCAGAUCCCGUGGCCCCUCUUGAACCUCGCCAGCCUCUCCUGAGUCUCGCCAGCCUGAAAUACAUGCCUUCCCGGGUUGAGGUGGCACUAGAAAACACCAGCCUGGUCCUAUCAAUGAACAGCCAAAAGAGGCACCUCACCUGGACCCUGAAGCUCCUCCAGUUCGAGUACCAGGCCGAUGUGGAGCAGAUCCCGCUGCGCAGCUUCACCCCGACCUGCGACCUGCCCCAGAUGAGCCUUGAACUCGUGCUGGAAGAUGGACUCCUCCUCUCCCAAAGCCGCCAACGGAUUGUGUGCCUCACCGUACUCAAGGCCAGCCUGCAGGUCAUGGCCAUUGACGUCUCGGUGGCGGUGAUGCUCAACACUUGCAUCGUCCACUACCGCCACCAGGAGUUCUCCCACUGGCUCAAGGUACUGGCCGUGGCCCACCAGACCACCGGACCCUCGGCCUCCUCCGCCAUCGCCACCCGGGACAGGGAUGGGAGGAUGCCCCAGAUCUUAGCCACGGUCAUCCUCAGCGCCUCGGUGUCCAACGUCAGUGUCUCGGUGCAACUGGGCGACACGCCGCCUUUCGCCCUGGGUUUCAACUCUGUCACGCUUGAUUACCAGCACCUCCGGCCUCAGAGUGUCCACCAGCGGGCAGUGGUGGCCGUGGACCACCUUUGCUGGCGCGUGGGGGCCGACUCGCACAUCCAGCGGGCCCCCCACCCGCCCAACACCCACGUCUGGGGAGAGGCCCUCAUCCUGGACACCUUCAGCCUGCAGGGCAGCUACAACCAGCCGCUGGGCACUUCCGGCAGCCACGCCGAUACCCUUUUCCUGGACUGCACCCUCCGCGGGCUGCAAGUGGAGUCUUCGGACACCUGCGCCGAGUGUCUUUCCAGGGUCCUGGUGCUCCUGCUGCCAGGGGACAUAGAUGGCCAGGAGGGUCCGGUGACAGAGGAGACGGCCAUUUCCCCCGGGGAGGAGCUUGGCAUCCUUUGGAAGGUGGACCUCAAGGUGGAAGAUGUCAACCUCUUCACCUUGUCCCCUCUCGCAGGUGCCAUGGAAGUGAGGGUGGACACCCUGACCAUGCUGGGCAGUGCGGAGAACUCCACAGUCAGCAUCCAGGGCCUGGCUUUGGCCUUGGUCAAGAGCGUCACAGAGAAGAUGCAACCUUGCUGCAAAGCGCCGGUCAUCCCCAGCCCUGUGGCUGACCUCUCCACUCUUUCUCUCACCUACCACAGCAGCAUCCGCUCCUUGGAGGUCCAAUGUGGAGAAAGCCUGAGCAUCUUCUGGAGUCCUGCCAACCACAUGUACCUCUUCCAACACCUUCUGGCCACCCGGCAAUGCUAUGAGACGCUGCAACGCGUACUGUCUCCACCGCAGCCCCUUCCCGCCACAUCUCCUGAGCUCCAGCCCCCCAUGGACGCAGCCCCUUCCCCUCCCAGGAGGCUACUGGGCCUGACGCUGGAGGUCAGCUCCCUCAAGGUGACGGCAUUCGUCUCAGAGACCCAUUACCUGAGCCUGGCGGCUGAGCGGGUCAUGGUCAACCGCCACGGGGUCUCCUUUCACGGCUACUGCCCAGGCUUGGUGGCUGGUUUUGAUGGCAACAGCAUUUUUGUCUUCAAAGAAAUGGAGCUGCAAGCCUUGCCUGAGCUGGAGGAGAUGAUCCUCCACCGGGGACCCUUCCCCUCCCUUGGCACCUUGCGCAACCGUGUCUGGGCCCUCUCUUGUGCCAGCGUGGCGGUGGAGUUCCCCUACCAGUACGAUUUCUCAGCCACCCUGGAUGAAGCCCUGGGCAUCCAGAAGUGGCUGAAGGGCCUCCAUGGUGGUGGCAGUGUUGGGGACCCCACUCUGGCCACCCCGCUGCCACCAGACCUUCUCCUGAAGGUCCAGCACUUCUCCUGGGUCUUCCUGGACGACGUCUUCGAGGUGAAGCUACGGGACAAUUAUGAGCUGAUGAAGGACGAGAGCAAGGAGAGUACCAAGCGCUUGCAGCUGCUGGAUGCCAAGGUGGCCGCCCUUCGGAAGCAGCACGGGGAACUACUCCCGGCCCGUAAGAUCGAGGAGCUCUAUGCGUCCCUGGAGAAGAAGAACAUUGAGAUCUACAUCCAGCGCUCCCACCGCCUCUACGCCAACACUCCCAUGCGUAAGGCCCUCAUCACCUGGACCAUGUCCCACCUGGAGCUGGCUGCCUUGGCUAGCGAGAACUUCCACGGCCCCGAGAAGGUCCUGGAGCAGAUCCGGGAGCUGGACACCGCCAGCCCCUUUCCACCCGACGGACUGGACCUUAUCACCCACUGGUGCCGCAUGGUCAAGGGAAGCGCCCAGACCUUCUUUGUGAGGAUCCGGGACUACCCUCGGUACUUAUUCGAAAUCCGGGACUGGCGGGUGUCGGGCAGAUUGGCUGGGGCUGAGCAACGAGGUCAGCCUUGCUCCCGCCGGCGGCAAAUACUGAAACUUGGGGCGCCAUGGGGAGACGUAUCCGUGGAGAGGAACAUGCCACCACUGAAGUUCUACCAUGACUUCCACUCUGAUGUUUACCAGUAUACCAUUGUGUGGGGCCCGUGCUGGGACCCGGCCUGGACUCUGAUCGGCCAAGCCAUUGACUUACUGACCAAGCCCUCGGAAGACCCCAGCCCACCGCUGCCAUGGUGGGACAAGAGCCGGCUUCUCCUCCAUGGCGACUGGCACAUGGACAUUGAACAGGCCAGCCUCCACCAAGUGGCCACUGAGGACCCCUACAACACCACAGAGAACAUGCACUGGGAGUGGAACCACCUCUCCUUCCACUGGCGGCCUGGGCAGUUCGUGUUCAAGGGGGACCUGGACGUCAAUGUCCGGACGGCUUCCAAAUAUGACGACUGCUGCUUCCUCCACCUGCCCCAGCUCUGCAUGACACUGGACCUGACUUGGCUAUGCCACGGAAACCCUCAUGACCACCACGGAGUAGUUCUCCGCUCCCCAGAUUUCCUGCCCGAGGUGCCUGUCGGCCAGCAGUAUGACUCUUACCGGGCCUUCCGCUCUGAAAACCUCAACCUUGGCAUCUGUAUGGACCUGACGCGGCCCAGCGGAGAUCCCUCCCAGCCCCGGAUCCUCCUCUACAGCAGCACCUUGCGCUGGAUGCAGAACUUCUGGGCCACCUGGACCAGCGUCACCCGCCCCAUCUGCCGUGGGAAGCUCUUUGGGAACCUCAAGCCCGUCAAGAAGAAACUGGGGCAGCAUUAUCGGCAGCUCUCCUUUACCGCCCUUUUCCCCAAACUCCAGGUCCACUACUGGGCCUCCUUUGCCCAGCAGCGGGGCAUCCAGCUGGAAUGCGGUCAAGGGCACAUCUUCACCCGUGGCACCCAGCGGCUCAUUCCCCAAGCUGGCACGGUGAUGCGGCGCCUGAUCUCUGAAUGGAGCGUCACACAGAUGGUCAGCGACCUGGGCUUGGUGACCGUCCACCUGAUGGCCUCCACCUGCGACGAGAACGCCGACCACCGUUUGGACUCCCUUGUCAAGAAGACGCACCUCCUCAGCCUCUCCUCCCUCACCUACCAGCGCCACAGUCUCCGCACGGCCGAAGAGGAGCUCUCCAUCCGUGAGGGCGAGGAUGGCUUCCACACCCACCAGCUCCAACUGGUGGACCUGCGUGCCUCCUGGACGACCACCAACCGGGACAUCGCCUUUGGCCUCUACGAUGGCUACAAGAAGGCUGCAGUGCUCAAGCGCAACCUGUCCACCGAGGCCCUGAAGGGGCUCAAGAUCGACCCCCAGGUGCCGGCCAAGAAGCUCAAGAGGGGGCCCUCCAACUACCAGUCUCCACCGCUGCGGGUCAUCCUCCCGACAGACAGCAGCCAGACCGAGCGAAGGCCCUCCGGAGGUGCGCACAUGCUGCAGAAGCUCAUUGAGGAGACGGACAAGUUCGUGGUCUUCACGGAGGAGGAGUCGGGGGUGAGUGAGCAGCUCUGUGGGAUCGCCGCCUGCCAGACGGACGACAUCUUCAACCGGAACUGCCUUAUCGAGCUGGUCAACUGCCAGAUGGUUCUCCGUGGAGCUGAGACGGAGGGCUGCGUGAUCGUCUCGGCCGCCAAAGCCCAGCUGCUCCAGUGCCAACACCACCCAGCCUGGUACGGGGACACUCUCAAGCAGAAGACCUCCUGGACCUGCCUUCUGGAUGGGAUGCAGUACUUUGCCACCACCGAGAGCAGCCCCUCAGAGCACGAGGACGUCCAGCUCUGGCUAGAGGUCAAAAACAUAGAAGAGCACCGUCAGCGCAGCCUGGACUCGGUGCAGGAGCUGAUGGAGAGCGGUCAAGCAGUAGGCGGCAUGGUCAGCACUACCACUGACUGGAACCAGCCCCACGAGGUGCAGCCCACGCAGCAGGUCCAGCGCAUCAUCUCCCGCUGCAACUGCCGCAUGUACUACAUCAGCUACAGCCACGACAUCAACCCCGAACUUGCCACGCAGAUCAAGCCCCCCGAGGUGCCCGCUAAUCCGGAGAAGGACGACUUGCUCAAGAAACGGGAAGGGGCCGUGGACACUUUCACCCUGAUCCACCACGACCUGGAGAUCUCCACCAACCCGGCUCAGUACGCCAUGAUCCUGGACAUUGUCAACAACCUCCUCCUCCAUGUUGAACCCAAGCGCAAGGAGCACAGCGAGAAGAAGCAGCGCGUCCGCUUCCAGCUGGAGAUCUCCAGCAACCCCGAGGAGCAGCGCAGCAGCAUCCUCCACCUCCAGGAAGCCGUCCGGCAACACGUGGCCCAGAUCCGGCUCCUGGAGAAGCAGAUGUACUCCGUCCUGAAGUCCUUGCAGGACGACGGCCGGAAUGAAGCCUUGCUGGACCACAACCAGAAACUGCAGCAGCAGCUGAGCCGGGAAAAGUCUGAACUGCAGCAGGAGAGCGAGGAGCUGAACAUCCUCAUCAGGUGCUUCAAAGACUUCCAGCUCCAGAGAGCCAACAAGAUGGAGCUGCGGAAACAGCCGGAGGACGUUGGAGUUGUUCGCCGGACUGAGUUCUACUUUGCCCAGGCCCGCUGGCGGCUGACCGAAGAGGACGGGCAGCUGGGCAUCGCAGAGCUGGAACUGCAGCGCUUCCUUUAUAGCAAGGUGAACAAAUCGGACGAUACGGCCGAGCAUCUCCUGGAACUGGGAUGGGUCACCAUGAACAACCUCCUACCCAAUGCCGUCUACAAGGUAGUCCUCCGGCCGCAAAGCGCUUGCCAAUCUGGGCGCCAGCUGGCCCUGCGGAUCUUCAGCAAAGUCCGGCCUCCCGUGGGCGGCAUUUCCAUCAAAGAGCACUUCGAGGUGAAUGUGGUGCCCCUCACCAUCCAGCUGACGCACCAGUUCUUCCACCGCAUGAUGGGGUUUUUCUUCCCGGGGAGGAACGUGGAGGAGGAGGACGUCGGAGACGAAGAGGACAAAUCCAAGCUGGUGACCACAGGGAUGCCAGUGGUGAAACCGAGGCAGCUGAUGGUCUCCGACGAUUCCUUAGGGCCGGGGAAAGGCAUGGCCCAGGGCCUGAACCGGACGUCGGGGGUCAGGCGUUCCUUCCGCAAAACGCCCGAGUAUCCGGUGGAUGACAUCGACAAGAUGAAGGAGCGGGCCGCCAUGAACAACUCCUUCAUAUACAUCAAGAUCCCGCAAGUGCCACUGUGCGUCAGCUACAAGGGAGAGAAGAACAGCGUGGACUGGGGAGACCUCAACCUGGUUUUGCCGUGCCUCGAAUACCACAACAACACCUGGACGUGGCUGGACUUCGCCAUGGCAGUCAAGCGGGAUAGCCGCAAGGCCUUGGUGGCCCAGGUGAUCAAGGAGAAGCUGCGCCUGAAACCCGCCGCAGGCUCCGACUCCCGAGGGAAGAUGGAGAGCAAAGUCGAAGGCCACGUCCAGCAGCAGGAAGAGGACGAGAAAGCGCGGCUCUUGAUCGGACUCAGCGUCGGAGAGAAGAACCCUGGCAAGAAGUCCAUUUUCGGACGGCGCAAAUGAGAAGUGCCAAAAAAACGCCCACCGCCUGCGUGCCCCUUUCUGACUCCUGCUGGACGGGGGCAGGAUGGGGGAAACCCAACCGGAAGACGCGCCGCUAUCCAAACUCGUCGCGGGGGAACCACAAGGGACCAAAAACAUCCGGCAGGAUUUGGGGACGGAGACGGUCCGAGACCGAAGCCCCACGGAGCCCCCCAGAAACUUUCUGCGGCGGGGAAAUGGACCGGUGGGACAAAACGGAGGCGGGCGAAUGGGACGAUGAUAAUCGGGUGCCAAGGUGCCGCCGUCCCGUUGCAGGGGGACCCGGAUGUCCGAACUCUUUCGACCGCGGGUUUUGUCCUGGCGUCCUGCUGGCGCCAAUCUAUGCAUCGUUUUGUCAGGAAACAGGGAGUGGGGAAAGCAAAGUUAUAAGAGUUUAAUUAAGAGAGUUUAUCGUUUGGAACGA